AUGAUUCACAAACGCGACGUUUUAAAAACUAAAAUAUUGGGUAAAAUGCAAACAACGGCAAUUCAAUGUAUUUCGGCACCGGAAUUGGAUGCUACAAUGUUAGAAAUAUUUCCCGACAAGUCAUUCACGGUGAGAAUCGAUAAAACACUUAAAGCACUUCAACAGCAUACGUCGAAUAUAUUUGCACCGUUGACGAUGAUGUGGGCAAAAAUACAGUCAGGAUUAAAAUCGAAAAAACGGCUACGUCCCAAGAAGCUUCGCAAAUAUGUUGAACAGGCAAUUAUUACGUUAGGUCAGGCAACCGCACACUUUCUGAAGGAGCGAAGAUCAAUGUUUCUUUCAAAAUUAAUUCCCAACGAAGCUCAGGCCAAAGAAGAUUGUGAAUGA